AUGGGAAACUCCAGCGGGAAGCCGGUAGUCUUUACCGACGAAGUCAACCUCAACCACUUCCGCCUGCUCAGAGUCGUCGGCAAAGGCGCCUUCGGCAAGGUCCGCAUCGUCGAGCGCAAGGACACCGGCCUCACCUUCGCGCUCAAGUACAUUCGGAAAGAUGAGGUUGUACGGUCGGAGAGCGUGCGCAACAUCAUACGGGAGCGACGGAUGCUGGAACAUCUCAACCACCCUUUCCUUUGCAACUUAAGAUACAGCUUUCAGGACAUUGAGUACUUGUACAUCGUAGUAGAUUUAAUGAACGGUGGAGACCUCCGCUUCCACAUUUCACGCAAGACCUUCACCGAGGAUGCGGUGCGCUUCUGGAUUGCCGAGCUGGGAUGUGCGCUGCGCUACAUUCACAGGCAAGGGAUUGUCCACAGAGACGUGAAGCCGGAUAAUGUGCUGCUAGAUUCGGAAGGCCAUGUGCAUUUGGCCGACUUUAACGUGGCAUCCGACUUCACGCCGGCAAAACCACUGACGAGCAAGUCUGGCACGCUGGCCUAUCUUGCUCCCGAGGUCUACGAAGGCAAAGGCUACUCAUGCGAGGUGGAUUGGUGGUCUCUCGGCGUGCUCUUUUACGAGUGCAUCUACAACAAGAGGCCGUUCGAGGCCAGGUCGCAUGAGGAGUUGUCCGAGAAGAUUCGUAAAGUGGACGUGCCUUACCCCGUUACCAGCCCGCCCGUCUCCAUGCCUUGCCUUCACGCAAUCAGCUCGCUCCUCGAGAGGAACAGGGCUAAGCGCAUUGGCGCCACCAGCUUUGAAAGCUUUACGGAUAACCCUUUCUUCCGCGGCCUAGACUUUGUGGCCCUGGAGUACAAGGAGAUUGAGCCAGUCUUUACCCCGUCGAGCGAUAAGACAAACUUUGACGCGACUUACGAUCUCGAGGAACUUCUACUGGAGGAAGCGCCACUUGAGGCGCGUGCGAGACGCCAAAAGCCCCGAGAAGCCUUGAAGGAGGACGCGACAGAGGCCGAGAUUCGUGCAGAUGAGCUGCACAGGAUGAUAGAGACGCUGUUUGAGCCCUUCAACUACACGGCCGUCGCCGCCGACCGCGCCCCUGUGGUUGACAAUACGAGCCAACCGGGCUCUCAGACGAAUCCUUCGUCAGAAUACCAACGGCCACCAUCAUCGCAGAGGACCUGUACGGAUGACCGCCUGGUUCCAACGACGACGAACACGACCCAAGGCCGGUCGCAUACGCAAUCCAGAUCCACGACGCAGUCGCCCAACGGUUCGCCACCCCUUCCCACGUCCAACCUUGCCAACGCCCAUGGCGGCCACCACCAUGCCGGUUCAGAUCCCUUGAGUCCCGAUGGCAAUCCCAACGUUCCUUCGUUCAGCAGGCCAAUGAAGCAGCGCGGUAGCACACGCAACACCAGUAUGGGAGGAGGCGUUCAAGUUGUGCUGAACGAGGAGGGCAGCUGGUCGGACAUGGCUAAUCAGAGUUCGGCAAUGGUCACCCCGCCCUCAGAACAACAGGCUGCCGAGCAGCGCCCAUCUGGCGUACUAGGAUUCCUCAGUCGCAAAAAGGGCAGAGACAGGAGCCCGAAGGCCAAGGAAAGGGGUGUUCUGGGCAAGGAGGGCGCCAGAGUAAUCAUCAGCCAAGGCUGA